AUCAAGUGAUUGUCAAUAUUAUCCUUUUAAAUUGUCGAUUCUUUCACUUUUUGUGCUGAUUACUUUUCUUUUUCUUCGUUAAUUAAGUAAAUUCUAGUAGAUUAAAGUUCCAAUUUUAUGUCUAUUAAUCAUUUCUUUCUUUGAUUGGUUCAUUUAUCUUUGUUUGGUCAAUUGUUUCUCUUUUGGUUUUCUCAUGCAAUCUCAUUCUACCUGUUCUGUGUUGUUUUGUUUUCUUCUUGAUUUGAUUUUUGAUUUAUAAUCUACUUUUGAUUGUUUUUGCUAAUCACUUAGUUGGAUUAAUGAUCUACUUGAAUAUAAAAUCGCAUUUCAAAGGUUAAAAAAAGGAUGGAAAGAAAAAUGGAGACGAAGACCAAUAUAGAUUCUUGUGAAGGAAAUGGAUCAUCAACUUUACCUUUCUUCAUGUUCAUCAUCAUUUACAGCAACAAAUUCCAUUACCAGUAUUACCACAGUUCCAACCUCAGCAUCAGUGACAAACUGUAAUACCUCAAUUCCAAGUAUUAUUGUAAAUUCAAGUUCUAUUACUCAUCCUGAUUAUAAUUCAUCAAUUAAUCGUGUAAAUGAUGGCCAAUCUAACCCAAGUGAAGAGGAUCUAAGGGAAUGGACUAGAACAUAUCAUAUGAGAACUCUGAAUUUACUCAAUUUCCCCACCAAUGCAUCUUCAAAUCGAGUUAGCUAUCGUAGUGUUAUGAAUAGAGCUCGAAUUGGUAUUGUUACAGGCGCUGCGAAAUCGCUUAAUGUACUUAGACAAGCUCUUCAGAACAGUAUCAAUAACGAGAUAAACACUAUUCUACAAAAAUAUAUUGAAAGAUACUUUAGACCUUCAAUGACUAAUAUUAAGAAAAAUUUCGGUGCUAAUUCAGUUUCGGAACAACAUCUUCAAGCUGCUUGUCGAGAAAUUCUUGAGGAAGCUAAAAAAAUGUACAUUGGUAGUGCAUUAAAUGCUUGUAGUCCUCUAAAUGGUGAAUUAAUUGAAAACGGAUCAGAUUAUGAGAAUAAUGUUACAGCUCCGGUUACAAAGAAACGUCAUCAUGGUGAUAAACGUCAAUCUCACCCGCAAAUCGCUUCAAUUUUAGACUGUGAAUCAGAUUCAGAAAGUAAUUCACAACAUCAUCUUCGUCCGCCUCCAAUUAAACGGAAAAAAUUGAAAGGUUCAUCUGGGGUUGGAAAGGCUCGAUCAUCGGGUUUCGCCAAUAGAUUACACUUUAAAGGUAAUUCUGGUUUCGAUAUUAGGAGAGAGGGACCUCGAUGGGAAUCAAAUAGGUUAACCACUGAGACUAAAUUUGUACUUGGAUCAAAGGCCAACAAAGCUUUAGGUUUUGGUGCUACUCGAGGUCGUUUAUAUACCAAACACGCUGAUCUUUUCCGUUAUAUUGGCGAUCAUGAUGAUAAACAUUGGCUCCAUGAACAUGGGUUAAUGCCACCGGCUGGAGGUAAAGCUUACCUGAUAAUUAAAGAAGAUAUUGAGAAUCUAUUAGAAUCAGAUGAAUACCGAGGUGCACCCGGAGUCGACGGUAAUUCCAUGGGCUGUGGAUUCACUGUACCAGAGGCAAUGAUCCUGAAAAUGAGACGAACCAUGGACGCGAUGAAAAACGAAAGUGAAAUGAUGAGAUCGUUGAAUGAAGCUCGUAAACCUCAUGUUAUACCUCGAGUAACAAUAGAACCCGAGCCAAUUGGUGAAAAUUGUGAUGUCUCAUCAGAUGUGGCGAGUAACAAUUCCAAUGCUGGAGGUUUAGAUGAUUAUGAGGUGGAAAAUGAAAGUCGUGAACCCUCACCAGUCGUUCAUCUUGAUUAUUUAAACUCAACUGUUGGUGUUUCAUCAGCUAAUGGAUCACCUUUUUCAUCCCUUUUACCAACCGAUUUAAGUCCUAAUCCUGAAAUGUUAAUCUCUCAACUACCCACUGACCUCAGUUUAACGUGAAUUAUUUAAUGAAAACAAAACAUUUAUCAUCUUAUUUUCUAAUUUAAAUGAUUUAAUAAAAUCGACAAUUUAACUCUCAA